AUAUUGCCUUAAUUAGAUGAGCGUGCAUACCCACAUCCAAAUCAUUCAGCUCUCUCUCACUUCUUAUCCCUCUCUCAAUGGCAGCUGAAACAGCUUCCCUUCUUCCCUCCCAAGCAUUUCCUAGUCAACCUACCAAGAUAUCAAGCAUCAAAACGUUAGCUGAAUCUCCUGGUCUCACCUCCAUCCCCGCCACUCACACCUUCACUCCUGAUCUCCAUGACCAGGUAAUUUGUGUCCCAGAAGGAUCCAUUCCUGUCAUAGAUUACUCUCUUCUUAUUUCAGGCACUCCCGAUCAACGGUCUAAAACAGUUCAUGAACUUGGCAGAGCCUGUCAGGACUGGGGCUUCUUCAUGGUGAUCAAUCAUGGGGUGCCAGAGAACCUUCUCAGCUCGAUACUGGAUGGGUGUAAAGGUUUUUUUGAUCUGCCAGAAGAGGAGAAGCAAGAGUUUAAAGGGAACCAUGUAUUGGACCCAAUAAGGUCUGGCACCAGCUGUAAUGUUUCAGUGGAAAAGGCUUUCUAUUGGAGGGAUUUUCUUAAGUUCUUUGUACAUCCUGUGUUCUACUCACCUACCAAACCUGCUGGCCUCAGUGAGAUUUCAUUAGAGUACUCCCAAAGAGUUAGAGAAGUAGCAAGGGGGUUACUGAAAGGAAUAUCCGAAAGUUUGGGAUUGGAAGGAAGCUAUAUAGACAAGGCACUGAAUUUGGAACAGGGGAAACAAAUAUUUGUUGCAAACUUGUAUCCAACUUGUCCACAGCCAGAGCUUGCAAUGGGCUUGCCCCCUCAUUCAGAUCAUGGCUUGUUGACACUUCUAAUCUACAAUGGAAUUGGUGGCCUUCAAAUUCAACACGAAGGGAAGUGGGUCAAUGUCUGUGCCCUCCCCAACUCCUUCCUGGUUAACACUGGAGAUCACCUUGAGAUUUUGAGCAAUGGAAGGUACAAGAGUGUUCUGCACCGAGCAAUGGUGAACAGCAAGGCUACAAGGAUAUCCAUAGCUAUGAUACAUGGACCAUCACUAGACUCAGUCGUUAGCCCAGCAACAGAGUUAUUAGUGAGCAGUAAAGGCAAUGAACCAGCAGCAUACGUUGGCAUGAAAUACAAAGACUACCUGGAACUUCAGCAAAGCAACAAGCUGGAUGGGAAAUCUUGCUUGGACCGAGUUCGAUCCAGCAGUUUAGCUACUGCUUCUGUGUGUGUACCAAACCAUGAAGGUAAUAAUGAUACUUCUAUGAUUUCAUGAAUGCGAAAAUGAAUGGAUGAAGAAUGUGAUUGUAAUCAAAAUAAAGACUUCUUGUAAAAUAUAAGAAGUGGGUCGGUCUUAAGGUCUUAAGACCAUCUCACUCUUGCUUGUUAUGUAGACAGUGGAGCUCAGGAAAGCAAAAUAUUAUGUGCUUCUUGUUUGCA